UGAAGAUUGUCUCCUGCGAGGCACCAUCCUUGAUACCCUUUCCCCUUCCCUCUCAUAUGGCGAGAUUUCCAUUUAACUUCUAAUGUUUUUACGUUGUACAUUCAGUGCCUUUAAAACGUUAUCUUGUCAGUCUUCUUAGUUAUAUUCCGCAUAAGUGGCAUGAUGUUUACGUCCACCGGUUCGUGGGGAUUGUAUAAAGCACCCCUGUCCAAGAGCUUACUGCUGCUUCCUACAGUCCUCUCUGUACUGCUGACUGUGCUUCCGCCUCAGUACCAGGAUAUGUUCAUAUACAACCUCCAGGCUGUCAGGCAGGAUAAACAGUUCUGGAGGCUGGUGAGUGGACGGCUCAUCUGCCUGGACCUGAAAGACACUUUCUGCAGCAGUUUGCUUAUCUACAAUUUCCGUAUAUUUGAGAGGAGGUUUGGCAGCCAUAAAUUUGCUUCCUUCCUUUUUGGAGCCUGGAUUCUCUCUGCUUUUGUGGACUUGCUGCUGACAGAGGCUCUUCGCUUUAUGUUUGAACUUCAGGUGGAUGUUCUUCCAGCUGGAAUAUUGGGCCCAGUCUUUGCUCUUUUUGUGCCUUUCUACAACUCCAUCCCACGUGUUCAGGUCACUCAGUUGCUUGGCCAUGUCUCAAUCACAAACAAGUCUCUGACAUACAUUGUGGGUGCACAGCUCCUGACGUCAAGUGCCUACAUGUGGAUUGUUGCUUGUAGUGGACUGAUCACAGGCAUGUUUUAUUACAGUAAUAAGUUGGCUGUCCAGAAGUUCUUGCGUGUGCCAGAAUGGAUGGCCCGAUGUGGUUCUGUGCUCCUGGAGCCGGUCUUCUCAGAUUCUGAGCCCACUGCAGAGGCUCCGCUGGGGAUGGGUGCUACUUUGGACAUCCAGAGACAGCAGAGGAUGGAUAUGCUGGACCAGCAAUUGCUCCUGACUCAGCUGGCACACCUCAGGAGAAAUGCACAGCAACAGCAGGCUCAGCAGACAGGUCUCCUGAAUUGGAAUCGAUUCUUCCCCACUUUACGGCACAGAGGACAGAACCGGCACCAAGAGGGUCCUCAGCCACAACGGCCCCCCUAUACGCACCCGCCGAAUAACCCUGAUGUGGGCGAAGAACAGGUUGCAAGAUUAAUGGAGAUGGGUUUCUCAAGGAUGGAUGCCCAAGAAGCUCUCAGAGCAUCUAAUAAUGACAUUAACAUCGCAACAAACUUUUUACUUCAGCACUAAAACAAAAUAAAUUGAAGAUGACAAAGAGGACAAGGGAAACAAGUUGAAAAGUACUCAAGAACACAACUCUGGUGUCAUAACUACACCUGUUGGAAGAAGUUAACAGUCGACUUUGGUACUCAACUCGAGGGAGCUGAUGAUGUCACUUUCUUUCUGGCUUCUUAUUGAAUGGGCAGUGUGGCACGCCUGCUGUUGUGUAUUGCUACUAGGAAUUGACUUGCAAUUGCAGCCCAAUCAACAGGAAAUAGCCAACAUGAUGGAUCAUCAAACAUUGUGUCUCAGGGCUUGUGUCAUUUGGCAUUGUCCUUAAACCUAUAAUUAAUUAAUGAACCUAUAAUAUAUUGAUGAAUUAUCAAACCACAUCCUGUUUUGUUAUAAAUAAACUGAAGUCUUAAUGGUAUAGUUCAUCCAAAAAUGGUCUCACCCUGAUGUUCCAAAGCUGGAAUGACAUGAGGGUGAGUAAGUGAUGACAGAAUUAUGUUUUUUUAAGGUGAACUGUUUCUUUUUUUAAGUCAAGUCAUAAAGGGCUAGUUCUAUGACAGUGUAUUUAAAGUACACUUGGAUGUAUUUGCGUCUUGAAGAGACCUCUGCUACUGAGAGGCCAGAAUCAAUCUAAUCUAAUAAUCUUUCAAAGCAUCGGAUUAGUGGGUUUUUUUUUUGUUUGUUUGUUUGUUGUUGUUUUUUUUUGUUUUUUUUUUGCUUUUAAACACACAUUGUGUCGUUGUAAUUGUGACUUUGGUGUCUAAAAAAAAAGUCAGUAAUAUUAAGAGGAUAUCUGUCUGUGUUGAUCUGAGAGUUGGACAAAGUUUGUUUUAACAGCAUAAUUUCUCGGUCAUAUAAAAAGACAAGGUUUAAAACCACUCAUUAAAGUGAGUAUUGAUACCAUAACCAGCAUUAAAAUCAUGUAUUUAGAGAACAGCCUUUUAAACGAUAUACAUUUUUGAGACUUUUGAGAAAAAAUAU